AUGACGGUUGCAACACUCCUCCCCGAUUCCUCUCUGGAAUCGGUGAAGCUGGCCGUCCGCUCCACCUCGACAUGCUCGGCGGCCACCGUGCUAUCUCUCCAAACACUCUUCCGCGGGUCGACGAAAGCGCCCAUGGACACCGAACCCACGACAGUAAGACGAGCGGGGCGAACAACAAAAGCCACAACUACUCCGUUAACAAGAACGAAAUCAACAAGAGGCACGAGGACGAAGGUCUCCGCGGCGGAAGCGGCUCUCAACACCGUGAUGGAACAAGACGCUGCGCGUGUAUCAAACCAAGAGAAGCUUGUUCUUGCGACGGAAGUCUUCAACACGACACUCAGGACCCUCUCGGAGGCUAUGAAACUCACUUCUAGCACGAAACGGGACGAUUCUCGCGCGUCAACACCACGCAAUCCUGCAUCACCAAGCCGCGUCACAAAAUCGCCCCGCAAAACGAAUGCGGCCGCGCUCGAAAAUGGGAUUCCUGCUGUGGCCGAGUGCGCACGGCUCUCGCUGUCCUGCUUAAGGACACUCAAGAGCGAGCAGGAAGUUGGGGGUUUGAAUCUGCAACUUGAACAGGGCGCUUGCGUACUGGCUGGAAGGCUCCUGUCGUUGGGAUUGAACGACAUGGCAUACAAAGAGUUGAGGGCACUGAAGAAGAGGAUACAACAGCAUUUGGAUAGUCAAGCCUCGAGUGCGAAGAAAACUUCCAGCAGGAGGCCAAGCCCCGCGGAGCCCGAGGAAGAAGCAGUCAAGGAAAAGAUGUCUGAUCUGCUUAGCUUCCCCGACCCUGGCUCAGUGCGACCGUUGCUUGGCUUGCUGGUGACAUUCCAGUCCAAUGCCCUACGACUUAUCUCGUCCGAAAAGAAAGCUGCGACCAUCCAGAACAUGAUUUCAUCCCUCCAGCUAUCAGAUCUGAGCAGCCCAGCGAACGUCAUCCUAGCCGCCCUCGAAUCAGGAGCGCUGAAUCCCGAAAAAGCCGCGAUGCAACUUCAAUUACUAUCUAAUACCGUCUUGUCCCUAUCUUCCAUCGCCCACCAGACAUCCACCAAGCUGAAGCCGAUGACCUCGUUGACUCUGCAACUGCUAUCGUUAGAAAUUCGCUGCAUGUCCUGGAAAACUUCGGGGCAUGUCUGUGACGACGCAAGAGAGAUGUGGGACCCAAUGGCUCGAUACCUGGCUAGCUUCGUUCACCAAAGCAAAGGAGUGACUAAAUCGGAGUUUGCUGCCCUGUACAAAAACAUCGUACGGCUCCAGUCAGCUUUCACCAACGUCCAGAAACGCUCGACUGCCAGCGUCAAAGACAAUGUAUCUGUGGCAAGGAUAGCAGCUAUCUUGGGGCAGCUUGCCCAGGAUGCGGGGUGCUUUGAGGAAGCACUAAAGCUUUUCACGGAGUCUAUAACCCCGCUGUUUAAUGGACAGUGCCUUGCCCUCGCAACUGUUCGCUGCAAGAUCGCUUCUCUUCACUUUCAAGCUGUCAAGCAUUCGACUAAAUUUUCGACUGCUUCCCUGCCUGCUGUAGUCACGGAUGCUACGAAUGUCUUAUGUCUACCCCUCAAAGGCAGUUCGAACGACCUGGAUGAGCUUUUGGUUGAAGCUGCAAGGCUCAAGAAGUCGGCAAUGAGCUGGUUCGGUGAGGCUAUGUCAAAGGAACAGGAUAAGAAUGAGGCUCAGGACGAUGUUUGUGCGAAAAUCUCUGAGUAUCUCAACGGCUUCAUACGGUUUCUGCGGCGGUAUAUUGGGCGAAAGCCGACAGAAGAAGAACCGAAGGAGUCGGAGUCCUUCGAGAGGCGUGUCGCAGGAUCCCAGAACAUUGCAUUUGCCGCUGUGGAUUCUGUCAUCGCGGUUGGACGGUUGGCUAUCACAUCUGGAAGACCCUCCUGGGAGGAAAUACAACCGACUUUACUUGAUUGUCAGCGACUAGUGAUGACAAUCGAACCUCACGGCGAGAAGCACCUCGGCUCUCCAAUCGUCGAAAGUGUCGGUAAUGCAUUCGUCAAACUGUCAAAUCUGUUCUGGUCUCGUUAUAUCAAAGAGAAAGAAUCUGGAAAGGGUUAUCGUGAUCUCUUGCCUAUCUUGAAGCAAUCUGCAACCUUAUUGUCGAAUUGCUCACCUUCGCAACGUGUCGCCGGAUUCGCGCCCCUCAAAUAUGAACGACUAGCACAUACGUACAUGGAAGGGGGAUAUGCUCGGGAAUCAGAACAUGCAUUCUAUAAGUCGAUCUUUGAACACAUACAAACCGGCACGCUCGAUCAAGUCAUUCCAUCCACUGUGGGCUGCUUUCCUCACAAAAUGUGUCAAGAUCCCAAGAGCAAUGGAUUCAUGCUUGGGCGCGUUCUUUAUGCCCUUCUGAAAUUGAAUCUCAGAUCCAGAAAGUCGAAGUCGAACGGCAUCUUUGAUGACGACAGCCUAGACCUGAGUCAGAGAGGCCACCUGAUGGAGUGGCAGUUGGGGUUGCUGGCUGAAUUUCCCGCCAGCGCUUGCUCAGAUGAAGCAUUUCGAUCUACUUUUACCCUGCUUACCACUCAAAUACUCACCUUGUAUACUUCCGACACCCAUCCCGUUCGUCUUCUACGCGUUGUUCUUACCAUAUUACGUUUUUCUUUGGAGCAUCCGGGCUCGAUGGAUCCGAGCUUGCUGUCGAGCGUUAUUGGCGCAGGUUUUCAAUGCAUCGACCAGGAUGAGACCGGCGAAGACUCCGACCUUGCUACACUAUCACCACACCUUCACAACUCGGUUCGACUGACACUCGGACUCCAUGAGGGAAAUCUCUCACCCUCCACUCUAGAGACAGUCCUGUUAUCGUGGAAUGCCAUGCUAAGAGAUUGCGGCGAUCUGGAAUCUCUUCUCAUGAAGAUAGGCGAUCUUGAUCAUUAUCUACUACAAAUGAGGGCAAUUGUUGACUAUACCGAGAUCCACGGGCUCUGGAAGCUGCAGCUUUCAGCACUUGAACUGGUACUGAGAACUACGGAGCUUCAAGAAUCGGGUAACUUUUCGGAAGCAAUCAUCGUUCUAUCACGUUUGGUACUGCAAUAUAGCCGACUUGGAUUCUGCACAAAAGCCAGCGCUCUCCUCAAGCGUGCGGAGCGUUAUCUUACUCACUCGAACACCACUUGCUUGGCAAUUCUGUCUUACCACCUAGCUAAUGUGGGCUAUCUCCUCGAGACUGGAGAUAUUCAACAAGCGGCGACCGGACUCACCAAAGCCAGAGCUCUCUAUGAGAAAUAUCAGAAGAAGGAAGACCUGAAUAACUGCUCCACUCUAACCAAAAUUCUGUGGGAGAGACUGGUCGCUGAUGCAGCCUUCAUGAGUUCUCGGCUAUCUUUCGCCCAGGGAUUAGUCAACGAUGCUCUGUUCUUUGCCAAACUUUCUGUUCGCUUGAAUUGCAGAAUCUGGGCCAAGAUAGAGAGGCUUUCUCAGAAGAAACAGGAUAAGAUGAUCCAGUCCAGCGACAACUCCGAAUUAGAGACAGUGGUUGAAGGGAUGGCAAAACUCGAGGUUGCGCAAGCAGCUCCCGUGUCGAAUCCUGUCUUUUCUCAGGGUGCCCCUUUCUGGCCUCAUAUUGGCUCGCACCAUACCGCGCUGCUCAAUCUUGCAAGUCUCUCGGCUCAUCAUGGUCUAUUCCAAGAUGCUAUCUACUAUGGGGAACAAGCUCUUAAGAUUAACAAGUCUCUGAAUGCGAAUGUCCGUCUCAUAGCGUCUCAAGCACAGCUUGGGUCCCAUUGGAUCUUCGGUGGCCAUCUUUCAGAGGGCCAGGAAUUGCUCAAAGCGGCAGAAUCUCUUUCUCAACAGCUCGAGAGCAGUGUCGAGUUGGUUUCGCUUCAGGUCGGCCUUGCUUCUCUUUACAGGGCUCAAGGCCGUUAUUCCGACGAGCAACGUGCUCUUCUCGAGGCUGAUCGCAUUAUGACUCAAGUGGCUGGCCCUAAUGGAUUGGAUGCCUCCGCAGCGAUACCAGAACUUGAAGACGAGAUGAAGAAGCUACAACUCCAGGGAACGGCUCGGAAGACGCGCCAACGUGCCGCCACGACAACAACACGCAGAACUCGCGCAACCACAGUGUCCGCUUCGACUACAUUCAGGGCGACAGACACUUCCUCGACUGCGAACCAGUCCGAGUCUACAUCCCUUUCACACUUGAGAAGCGAGAUCCUUCGACAGCAAGCUGCCUGUUUGCGCACGCUGCGCGAGUUUGAGAAAGCGUCGGUGACACUUCAUGAUGCGCGCAAGUUCGCGACGUCUCGAGACAGCCAGAUAUCUUUGCAGAUCGGUGAAAGCGAGCAUCUACUUGCGGAUGCCAUUCGGCACUUUGCAACACAUGCUGUCUACUGCGUUCUCCCGGAAUCGACCAUCUCCCUGCCAUCACUCCAGUCACCGAGCAAGGGCUCUAGUAAAGCAAGUACUAGCAGACAAACAACCACGCGGAAGACAAGAGCCCCGACCCGGACGCCAGCACGGAGCACGAGGGCUAAAUCUGCUAAGCCGACAGAGGACUUUUCCGUGAUGCUAUCCAAGGCCGGUGAGAGCCUGAGCGCCAUCUUCCCGACGGCUACGACAUUGGGAUCGACUCUUGAUAGUCACGCCGCCUCCCGAUUGAUGAGCCGGAUUUCCAUGCUCUCCCAUGUUACUGUACCGGAAAGCUCGGGCUCAUUGACUCAGUCUCCGGCAAACAUGAACGAAGUUGGCCGAAUUGGUGCGUUUACGCGUGAGCGAGCUGCUAUUGAUCUGGACAAGCAGCUAGCAGACUACUGCGAUCCUCUGCUUUGGCCAAGCGCCGAAACAAAAGCCAAGCUGGAGGAGAACCUCUACUCGCGGUUCACAGAGGACUAUAUUGAGAUUCUGCCGGAGAAUUGGAACGUCCUUUCUUUGUCUCUUAGUGCCGACUGUACUGAAUUCGUUGUUUCAAGGCUGCACAAGGGUCGCUCGCCCUUCCUCUUACGACUCCCCCUUAAGCGUGGCUCCGAGGACGAUGAAGAAGAUCAAUUUACUUUCGAUGAUGGAAAGGAGGAGAUGAAGGAGCUUAUCAAGCUGACGAACGAGAGUGCGCACGCAGCCAGACACCAGAAUGAUCGGCAAUCGAAGAAAGAAUGGUGGAAGAACCGCGAAGCCCUUGACCGACGUAUGGAGAACCUGCUACAGAACAUCGAAAAUGUAUGGUUCGGUGGCUUCCGUGGAAUCUUCUCUCCCAUGCCUCACGAAGCUGAAUCCCUGGAGAGGUUUGCUGCUCUUUUCCAAAAUGUCUUGGACAAACACCUACCUUCUCGCCAGAAAGGUAGACGUGCCGAGGGUCCGCACUUGACCUUGCAUCCGAACGUGCUGGAAUUAUUCCUCGGUGUCAAAGACCUAGAAAGCCAAGAAGACCCCGAGGAAACAUUGAUGGAUUUGCUUUACUUUGUCGUGGAUAUUCUGCAAUUCCAAGGCGAGCGCAACGCGUAUGAUGAGAUUGACUUCGAUAUGAUGGUCGUGGAAACGCUCGAUGCCCUAAGGGGACAUCACGAUACAAUACGCAACGACCACGAAAGUCGAACAGUGAACAGCACGGUCCUGGUUCUCGAUAAGUCACUACACAUGUUCCCUUGGGAAUCUCUUCCGUGCCUUCAGGGCCUUCCCGUAUGCCGAGUGCCGUCGUUGGAAUGCCUUCGUGAUCGCAUUUUGCAAUUCCAGACCGAACGCGCAGAUCGCAAGCAUGACUUCGGCGUUGAUAGCAAGAACGGCACCUAUAUCCUGAACCCUACUGGCGACUUGCAAACGACCCAGGGCACCUUCGAGAAAGAACUUUUGGGCUUGGAACAUUGGAAGGGAAUCUCAAAGCGGGAACCAACCGAGGAGGAGUUCAGACAAGGACUGGAGUCUAAGAGUCUAUUCCUUUACUUCGGACACGGUAGUGGUGCGCAGUACAUCCGAGGCCGAACGAUCAAACGGCUGGAAAGAUGCGCCAUUACCUUCCUCAUGGGCUGCAGUAGUGGAGCUCUGACGGAAGCAGGGGAGUAUGAGCCGUACGGGACGCCGAUGAAUUACCUGCAUGCGGGGAGUCCGGCGUUGGUGGCUACCUUGUGGGACGUGACAGACAAGGAUAUUGAUCGAUUCGCUAAGAGUACGUUUGACAAGUGGGGCCUCUUUGGUGGCGAAGCUGAAGCUGUGGCCUUGGAUGAAGCCGUCUGUCAGUCACGACAGGCGUGCGUUUUGAAGUAUUUGAAUGGUGCCGCGCCAGUGAUUUAUGGCAUCCCCUCGGUGUUCUUGGAGUAACAAGCGAGGCAUUUUUUUAUGGACUGAGGUGUUUAUGGUGCUCCAAGGUGC